AUGGAUGCUGCCAACAAGUCUUCAGAGGGAGCCCCAUUCAUCCUACUGGGACUGACAACAAAUCCCGGACAGCAGCAGCCUCUCUUUGUGCUAUUCUUAGUCCUGUAUAUGGUGGGCAUCCUGGGUAAUGGUCUCAUUGUGGCCGCCAUCCGGGCCAGUCCAGCCCUGCAUGCACCCAUGUACUUCUUGCUGGCCCAUCUGUCCUUUGCUGAUCUCUGCUUUACAUCCGUCACUGUGCCUAAGAUGUUAGCCAACUUGUUGGCCCAUGACUGCUCCAUCUCCCUGGCUGGCUGCCUGACCCAGAUGUACUUCUUCUUUGCCCUGGGUGUAACUGAUAGCUGUCUCCUGGCUGCCAUGGCCUAUGACUGCUACGUGGCCAUCCGGCACCCCCUCCACUAUGCUAUGAGGAUGUCCUGGGCCAUGUGCACAGCCCUGGUAGGGACCGCAUGGGUGGUGUCCCACACCCACUCCCUCCUACAUAUCCUGCUUAUGGCCCGCCUGUCUUUCUGUGCCUCCCACCAAGUGCCCCACUUCUUCUGUGACCACCAGCCUCUCUUAAGGCUCUCAUGCUCCGACACUCGCCACAUCCAGCUGCUCAUCUUCACUGAGGGGGCCGCUGUGGUGGUCACUCCCUUCCUGCUCAUCCUGGCCUCCUACGGGGCCAUUGCAGCUGCAGUGCUCCGGCUGCCCUCAGCCUCUGGGAGGCUCCGGGCUGUGUCCACCUGUGGCUCCCACCUGGCCGUGGUGGGGCUCUCCUAUGGAACAGUCAUCGCAGUCUACUUCCAGCCCACAUCCCAGUAUAAAGCCAAGGGGGGCCGUGUGGCCACUGUUAUGUAUAAUGUAGUCACUCCCAUGCUAAACCCUGUCAGCUACAGCCUCCGGAAUCGCGAUGUGCAGGGGGCACUCCGAGCCCUUUUCACUGGGCGGCAGAUCUCAGCUGGCGACUCCUGA